UCUCUUCCUGUUGCUUUGAAUUAUUGUUGUAUGUCUCUCUUCCAGUUUCACUCAGUGCUGCUGCCAGCUAGCGAGCAGACAGUUCAUGCAUCCAGACAGGAAGAGACCAAACCACUUCACAACAGUUUAAGGCUAGAUUGAAGUCAUGUUCCUUUGGUGUGUUCUGGUUCUUGUGAACCUGGUUUCUGUCGCUACAGGCACCAAUGCAGGAGUUAAAGUCAGACUAACUCAGAAGGGGCUUGAGUAUGGUCGACAGAUUGGAAUUGCCUCAAUCCAGCAGAAACUCAGAACUAUUAAAGUGCCCGAUAUAAGUGGCACAGAAAAGGUGGAUCCUAUUGGAAAAGUCCAAUAUAGUUUUACAGGGAUGCAGAUUGUAAACCUGGGACUUCCCAAGUCAGCACUGACUUUAGUUCCUGGUACUGGAGUCAUGCUCUCAAUUGGCAAUGCCUACAUUAAUCUGCAUGGAAACUGGAGAGUCAAAUACCUCAGGAUCAUAAAAGACAGUGGAUCCUUUGAUCUGGUUGUUAGUGAACUGACCAUUAGCACCACUGUUGCAGUCAUGAGUGAUGACACUGGCCGUCCAACAGUCAGCAUGACCAACUGUGCAGCAACUGUGGGAAGUGUCAAUGUAAAAUUUCACGGUGGGGCAAGCUGGUUAUAUAACCUCUUCAGUUCCUUCAUUAAUAAGGCUUUACGCAAUGCUCUGCAGAAACAGAUCUGCCCUUUGGUGGCUGAUUCCAUUGCUGACAUAAACCCCCACCUAAAAACAUUAAAUGUUUUAGCCAAAGUAGAUCAAUAUGCUGAAAUUGAAUACUCCAUGGUGGGGUCUCCUGUCAUUUCUAAUACUUCCAUUGACUUGGGUUUAAAGGGUGAAUUCUACAACAUUGGACAACACAAGGAACCCCCCUUUUCCCCAACACCUUUCUCAUUGGCAUCCCAGGACACAGAUAUGCUGUACAUUGGAGUAUCUGCCUUUACCCUCAACUCAGCAGGCUUUGUGUACAACAGAGCUGGUGCCCUCCGCCUCUACAUCACUGAUGACAUGAUUCCCUCUGGCUCUCCAAUUCGUCUGAACACAAAGACAUUUGGAGCUUUCAUUCCUCAAAUUCAGAAAAUGUAUCCUGGUCUGAUGAUGAAGUUGUUGGUUGAGACAGUGAAGGAGCCCCUCAUGACAUUUGAACCGAACAACAUGACUGUUCAGGCCAGCAGUUCAGUGACAGCUUAUGCAAUUCAGCCCAACAGCACACUAUCUCCACUCUUUGUCCUCAAUCUAGAGGGCAGCGUCAGUACUCACAUAUAUGUGACUGAGCUCAAACUGGCAGGAAAUGUGACCCUAAACAAAAUUGAUAUGAGCUUAGCAAAAAGCUACGUAGGACCAUUCCAGGUGAAAUCCCUUGACAAUAUUUUCACAAUAGUCUUGAAGUUUGCUGUCAUUCCCAAGGUUAAUGCUCGUUUACAGGAAGGUUAUCCACUUCCUGCCAUUGGAAAGAUGCAGCUUGUAAACAGUCAACUCCAGGUUCUGAAGGACUACUUGUUGAUUGGAACGGAUGUUCAGUUCACAGGAUAAAUCUCAAUGAAAUUGACAAAGGAAAAUAAAUAAAUA